CGCCGGGCUCCGCGGCGCCCUGAGCCCCGCGGCCCCGCGUACGGCUGGCGGGCGGCGCCGUGAUGCCCGGCGGCGGCAGCAGGGCCCCGACGUAGCGUGGCGGCGCGGCAGCCCGGUCCCGCGGGCGGAGGAUGGCGUGUCGCGGCGCCUGCUGCUGCUCCAGCGCGGGUCGCCUCAACGCGGACAACGCGCGGUUCCUCCUGCUGGCGGUGCUGAUCGUGCUGUACAUGCUGUGCGGCGCCGCCGUCUUCUCGGCCAUCGAGCUGCCCACGGAGCGGGAGGCUAAGGAGCGCUGGGAGGAACGCCUGGAGAACUUCACCCGGCGCCACAACCUCAGCCGUGCCGAGCUCCGGCACUUCCUCCGGGAAUACGAGGAGGCGAGCGUGGCGGGCAUCCGCGUCGAUGACAUCCGGCCCCGAUGGGAUUUCACGGGCGCUUUCUACUUCGUGGGCACCGUCGUUUCUACUAUCGGGUUUGGUAUGACCACCCCAGCCACCGUUGGAGGCAAAAUUUUUCUGAUAUUUUACGGCCUUAUAGGAUGUGCAGGGACCAUUUUGUUCUUUAACCUGUUCCUGGAGCGCUUGAUCACUGUCAUAGCUUACGUCAUGAAGUCCUGCCACGAAAGACAGCUGAGGAGGAAAGGGGUUCUCCCUCACAACGGCCGGCGGGGCUCGGGGACCUCUGAGGUGGACAGCCUGGCAGGCUGGAAGCCCUCUGUGUACUAUGUAAUGCUGAUUUUAUGUGUAGCAUCCCUCAUCAUUUCCUGCUGUGCCUCUGCAAUGUACACACCGAUUGAAGGGUGGAGUUACUUUGACUCACUUUACUUCUGCUUUGUGGCCUUCAGCACCAUUGGUUUUGGUGAUCUGGUCAGUAGCCAGAACGUCAGGUAUGAGAGCCAAGGCCUUUACCGCUUUGGCAACUUUGUCUUCAUACUCAUGGGGGUGUGCUGCAUCUAUUCCUUAUUUAAUGUGAUCUCUAUUGUCAUCAAGCAGUCCAUAAACUGGAUAUUAAAGAAGUUGGCCUGCAAGUGCUGCCACAGGUGCCAAAGAAGAUUAUUUCGUUCCCGGAGGAAUGUGGUGAUGCCAGGAAACGUGCGCAGCCGGAGGAACAUCUCCAUCGAGACUGACGGCGUCAAUGAGAGCGACACGGACGGACGCCGUCUGUCAGGGGAGAUGAUCUCCAUGAAAGACUUCCUGGCCUCCAAUAAAGUCUCUCUGGCCAUCAUGCAGAAACAGCUGUCAGAAACUGCUAAUGGGUAUCCAAGGCAAAUGAGCUCUAACUCGAAGCAAAAUGGGUUCUCUGGUGGGGUUGGAGCCCUAGCAAUUAUGAAUAACAGACUGGCAGAGACAAGUGUGGAUAGGUAAAAUAAUAACAGUAAUAACAGUGAAACAGUGGGAACCAUUUUGACAGGUAUUGGAACAACAUGAAUCAAGUGAAAUAGCUAGGGAGAGAAUGUCACCUGAGGGUGGGAUCAUGUGAAGAGCAUAUUUCCUCAUGGAAGACAUCUUGACUUUUUGGGGGCUGUCACUUAAUGUUUUUGCAUUGUACCAGUCCCAGCCUUCCUUCUUCCCCAUCACUCUGCUGCUCAAGCAGGUCACUGCAGGAGGAUUUUAAUUUAGCCUUCAGAUAAAAUUUCCAUGUCAUGUUCUUCUCCAGUAUGUGACAUACAGAUUUCAGGAUAAGAAAUCUGUGGGAUGGGAAGAAACCAAGUGUGUCUACUGAACACAUUCUUAAUUCAGAGAUUGUUUGGAGUUCUCUUUCUUACUCUUAUCAUGCCUGUUUCCUGGAAGUGACUUAUCUGAGACCAAAAGAUGAAUCAGCCUUUGUGAUUUUGCAGAUCUAAUUUAAUGGAAAAUACUAUGGAAGUUGGUAGGUAUAUUCUGGGGCUAUUGUAAUGUGAAUGGGGAGGAAAUUUUGCCUUUAGAAUUUAUUUAGUCUUUCCUACAGUAGGAUACUGUCAAAAAUGAUAGAAUAAAAACUUAUCCUACUUUUGUUUUUUUUUUCUUCAUUUGCAAAACAUUAUUCUUUUCCAAGGAUACUUUUUCUUCUAGAAUUGACUCACUGUGGCUUUCUGUUUCAAAAAUGUCAAAUUAAAUUGAAAAUUGA